AUGACUUCGAAACGAAAGGCUUCCGCUAUGAAUGCGGCCGUAACAGAGGAACCAGUAGACCCUUCGGACGAGCUCAUGUUUCUCUGUCUAGGAGGAGGCAACGAAGUCGGCAGGUCAUGUCACAUUAUCCAAUACAAGGGGAAAACAGUCAUGCUUGAUGCUGGUCAACAUCCCGCAUACGACGGUCUUGCUGCACUCCCAUUCUACGACGAUUUCGAUCUCAGCACUGUCGACGUGCUUCUUAUCAGCCAUUUCCAUAUCGACCAUGCGGCAUCAUUACCAUACGUUCUUGCAAAGACGAACUUCAGGGGCCGUGUGUUCAUGACCCAUCCCACAAAGGCUAUCUACAAGUGGCUUAUCCAGGACAGUGUCCGGGUGGGCAAUACUUCAUCGAAUCCGACUACACAGCCGGUCUAUACUGAGCAAGACCAUCUAAACACCUUUCCUCAGAUCGAGGCUAUCGACUACCACACCACUCACACCAUCUCCUCCAUCAGAAUUACCCCUUACCCUGCUGGCCAUGUUCUUGGUGCCGCCAUGUUCCUUAUUGAGAUCGCUGGUCUCAACAUAUUCUUCACAGGUGACUACUCUCGCGAACAAGAUCGACAUCUUGUCUCUGCAGAAGUCCCCAAGGGUGUCAAAAUCGAUGUUCUCAUCACCGAGUCCACUUAUGGCAUUGCCUCUCACGUCCCUCGUCUGGAAAGAGAACAAGCCCUCAUGAAGUCCAUCACAAGUAUCCUCAACCGAGGAGGCCGUGUACUCAUGCCCGUCUUUGCUCUAGGACGAGCCCAAGAGCUUCUCUUGAUUCUUGAUGAGUACUGGGGCAAGCAUUCUGAUUUCCAGAAGUAUCCUAUCUACUAUGCUAGUAAUCUAGCAAGGAAGUGUAUGCUCAUCUACCAAACCUACGUUGGUGCCAUGAAUGAUAAUAUCAAACGUCUCUUCCGUGAGCGCAUGGCCGAGGCCGAGGCAUCUGGUGAUGGAGCUGGUAAGGGAGGACCAUGGGAUUUCAAGUAUAUCCGCUCGCUCAAGAACCUGGACAGGUUUGACGAUGUAGGCGGCUGCGUCAUGCUUGCUAGCCCUGGUAUGCUGCAAAAUGGUGUUAGUCGUGAGCUCCUCGAGCGAUGGGCGCCCAGCGAAAAGAACGGAGUCAUCAUCACGGGUUACAGUGUCGAGGGCACCAUGGCUAAGCAGAUCAUGCAAGAACCCGACCAGAUUCAGGCUGUCAUGUCUCGAAGCAUGGGCGGUGCUCGGCGUAUGCCUGGUGGCGAUGGCGAGAAGGUGCUCAUUCCUCGACGAUGCAGUGUUGCAGAAUAUUCCUUCGCUGCCCACGUCGAUGGUGUUGAGAACCGCGAGUUUAUCGAAGAAGUUGCAGCGCCUGUAGUUAUUCUUGUUCAUGGCGAGCAGCACAACAUGAUGCGUCUCAAGUCCAAACUCCUUUCCCUCAAUGCAAACAAAACAGCAAAGGUUAAGGUAUACUCUCCCCGCAACUGCGAAGAGCUUCGCAUCCCCUUCAAAGCCGACAAGACUGCCAAGGUCGUAGGAAAGCUCGCUUCUAUCCAACCACCACAGAGCAUUCACUCUGACCAAGCCGUUGCGCCUCAUCUCGUCACUGGUGUUCUCGUACAAAACGACUUCAAGCUCUCUCUCAUGGCGCCUGAAGAUUUACGCGAGUAUGCAGGUCUUAAUACUACUACUAUUACCUGCAAACAGCGUCUCACCCUCAGCGCUGCAGGUGUCGACCUUGUCAAGUGGGCUUUGGAGGGCACAUUUGGCAACAUUGAAGAACUGCCCGAAAUGCGUCGUGGAAAGAAUGGCCAGAGCAACGGACAUGCUGACAAGAUGAUCACGGAUGAUGUCGAGAUGAAGCAGGAGGAUGCGGAUGAAGAGGUCGCCAGCCUCGUUGCAGCUUAUCUUGUCAUGGGUUGUGUCUCGGUUCGGUAUCGCACUAGCGGUGAAGUUGAGCUUGAAUGGGAGGGCAACAUGCUCAACGAUGGCAUCGCCGACUCCGUCAUGGCUGUUCUCUUCUCCGUGGAGAGCUCCCCUGCUGCCGUCAAGCGCUCUUCCGCCAAACACUCACACUCACACGAACUGCCCGAUGUGAACCCCCACCACUCUGCUUCUCCCGAAGAACGCCUCGAGCGCCUUCUGUGGUUCCUCGAGGCUCAGUUCGGCCAGGACAACGUUGCUCCAGUCACGACCCCUAAGCUUCCCCCUCUGGAGGAGACCUACGACCAGAUAAAGAAGGACGGCGAGGAUGAUGAUGCCAUGAAGACGGAAGAAGAUGGUGAGGAUGCGCAGCUACAAGAGAGACAGGCUAAGGAGAUUGAGCGGUUACACAAGAUUGGCAUUCCUGUGCCGGGAGUGUCAAUCAAAGUAGACAGGAUGACUGCUACAGUGUGGUUGGAAGAUCUUGAGGUUGAGUCUAACAACAAGGUGUUUGCGGACAGAGUGAGGGCUGUCGUGGAAAGGGCUGUCGAGGUGACGGCGCCUCUUUGGGGUUGA